CGUCCUCAUGUUAGCCGAGGCGUCCGCAGCACAAGAUGCGGGGACGUUCACACCGAGUCUGUCCCCGGAUCAGCAGAGAGACAUGGCGGAGAAGAUCACCGCGUUUCUGUCUCAGUACAGACACCUGUCCGACACGUACAGGAUUGAGUUCUUCACUGAGGAUCUCUGGCACACAUUACCCAGCAGCUGGCAGGCCGCGCUGCAGGACCUGUCCUAUCCACAGGUCGCCGACCUUUUACUGGACGUGAAACAUGGAGACAGGAGUUACCCUACCGCGUGGCCCCUGUCGCUGUUGGCUUUCCGUGCCACCGCCCAUGCUCUGGCGUUUCCCAGAGAGUGCAGGCGGGAGCGAGGCGGGCGAGCCGGGUCGGUCAAACCCGAGGAGCGGCAGAAGAACCAGAGUCAGCGCUCGCUGCUGGGCCACAUCUUCAGGAAGCACGUCAAGCCCAAGAAGCAGUAUGAGAUCGACCAGCUGGGCACGCUGGUGAAACAACUGUGUGACCUCACCGACUGCAGCCGAGUGGUGGACGUCGGCUCUGGACAGGGUCAUCUGACUCGUUUCCUCUCCUUUGGACUCGGGUUGUCCGUGACCGCCAUCGAGGCUGAUGGGGCCCUGGUGGCAAUGGCGUCCAGGUUUGAUGAGCAGCUGCUCUUGGCGUUGGCGAAGCAGAAAAAGAAUGUCUUGUCUCAGCUUCCAGCGCCACAGUCCCCUCCCCGCCACGUGGCCGGAUGGGUUAACCCCAAGGAAUCAUGGGAGCUUUUCAUCAAGCAUCUGAGUACAGCAGAGUGUUUCAGUGAAGAUCCUCCGACUCCGUGUGGACCCAGCACAAAGCGAUUUGGGGGAUCGGAGCCACAUCAGGAACGUUCACAUGACUCCACAGACUCUCAGGACUCAGAACUCCAGCCAAUCAAGAAUGAGUCUGGAGAUCAGUCAGGUCCUGGAACCUGCUGCCCAUGCACCCAGCCUGUCUGUCAGGAGGAGCUUGUUCUUGAAGAAGACAGCCUGCCGGAUCAUCCAGACUUCAUCCUGACCGGGCUCCAUGCCUGCGGGGACCUCAGCGCCACCCUCCUCCGCCUCUUCGUCAGCUGCCCGUAUGUUCGUGGCAUCACCUCUGUGGCGUGUUGCUACAUGAAAAUCACCACAGAAGAGAACCACGACCACCCGGGACUGGUUGAACCACCCACUCCACCGACACUGGGACGGGAAUCAGGUCCCUCGGAGCUCGGUUACCCUAUGAGCUCCUGGGUUCGGGGGUUGUCGGGACAUCAGCUGUCCUAUCAGGCGCGAGAGGGGGCGUGUCACGCCACGGAGGACUACGUGCUGAGGCUCCGGGAGGAGGGCGAGCAGCUGAGGAUGCACUGUUACCGGGCGAUGCUGGAGACCUUCAUCAGGGACAAGAGGCCGGAUCUACGUCGAGCAGGAAUCCAGACCAUAAAGAAAGCUCACUUAUUACCAUUUACAGAGUACGCCCAGCUGGGUCUGGCUCGGGUCAGCCUGCCGCCCGAGUUACCUCUGGACCCGGAGCGGGUGGAGACCAUGCUGAAGCAGCAGGGCAGGGUGGUGGUGUACUCCAGCUUGGCGCUGCUGCUGGCUCCGGUGGUGGAGACGCUGGUGCUGCUGGACAGGAUCAUCUACCUGCAGGAGAACGGUGUGGACAGUCAGCUGGUCGCUCUGUUCCACCCAAACUUCUCUCCCAGGAACCUUGUGCUGGUGGCUCGGAAGCACCGUGAAUGACACGGUGGCACUGUCUCAUGUGCCGACACAGUUUUACCGUUCAGCUUCGAAGGAACAUGCUGGAAAUCUGAAGAACUUGAAUGUUGGACACACAAUGGACGUGGACUGUGUUGAAUCCGUGCAGGAACCUUCAGACCGUCCUGUGGUUUAAUUCACAUCACGUCAGACUGGUCGUCAUGUUUUCUCCUCCACAGAACAGAAGCAGGUGUGUGAUGGGAUCUUGUGGCAUGCUUUAGUUUGUGCCUCUAUGAAUAUUUAACUUAUUGUAUUUUUUUAUUCCAUUACCGUCGUUCUUUAAAGCCGUGCUGCAGAUCCUGUUCUUUGCUUUUUUGGACGUGGACCACAAAGCAAUUAACAAAACCUGUGUUUUAAUUUUCAGGCACAGCAGCAUGACAACUGUGUGUAAAUGAAAAACAGAUGAAAGUCUUUCAGGUUUUCUUUGUUUCAGUUUGUGGUGAAAACAGUUGGAGAUUAAACUGUUGUGUUUACGAAUGUGAAUAAAAGUCCAGUUUUCU